AUGUCCUCCCACAAGACCUACAACAUAGCCGCCAUACCGGGCGAUGGCAUAGGCGUGGACAUCACCGAAGCAGCCGAACAAGUCCUCCACAAACUCGCCUCAACCGUAGGAACCUUCUCCUUCAAAUUCACAACCUUCGACUGGUCUUCCAAGAACUACCUCGAAAGAGGCUGGUACAUGCCCGAGGACGGCAUGCAACAACUCUCCAAGCACGACGCAAUCUACUUUGGAGCAGUCGGCUGGCCCAAUGUCCCCGAUCACAUUUCCCUCUGGGGCCUCAUCCUCCCGAUCCGCAAAUACAAUAACCAGUAUGUAAAUGUCCGGCCUACGCGGAUCUUGCCUGGGACGACGCCGCCUUUGUCUCAGUGCGUUGCCCGUCCUCAGGAUCUCGAUUGGGUGAUUAUAAGGGAGAAUAGCGAGGGUGAAUAUGCUGGACAGGGUGGGACAACGCACGAGAAUAGUCCACACACCGUUGCGACGGAAGUGAGCAUCUUCACGAGAAUAGGGAUUGAGAGGAUUGUGAGGUUUGCGUUUGAGACGGCGAAGAGCAGGCCUAGGAAGAAGUUGACCAUGGUGACGAAGAGCAAUGCACAGAGGCAUGGAAUGGUGCUAUGGGAUAAGGUCUUCUACGAGGUCGCGAAGGAGUAUGAGGGAGUUGUAGAGCAUGACAAGGUAUGGCUUUUCCCUUGCCUUACCCGUCAAGCGUCGAGUUGACCAAACCAGAUGCUCGUGGACGCCAUGACCGUCCGCAUGGUCAACAAGCCUGAGAGCUUGGACACGAUUGUUGCGACGAAUCGUGAGUAUCCGUGCCAAUCCCUUCUCAACGCUUGCUCUCCGCUGACCUGUUUUCAGUCCACGCCGAUAUCCUCUCCGACCUUGCAGCCGCACUAGCUGGAUCAAUCGGCAUCGCUCCUUCGUCGAAUCUCGACCCAACUCGCCGGUAUCCUUCCAUGUUUGAGCCCAUCCAUGGCUCGGCUCCCGACAUCGCCGGUCAAGGUAUCGCGAACCCGGUAGGAGCUUUCUGGUCUGCAGCCGAGAUGGUUCGCUGGCUCGGAGAAGGGAAGCUCGACAAGGUAGCGGACGACUUUAUGCAGGCCAUUGAGAACGUGACCGGCAAUGCCGACACGCGGACGAAAGACAUGGGCGGAUCUGCCAACACCAAACAGGUUACCGACGCUCUCAUGAAGCAGAUCGAAGUCGUCUUUGCGAAGAAAUAG